GUAAAUAUUUAAUCGCAAUAGCAUCUGUACCACUUUGAGAAAAACCCAGCUAUCAAUCGGCUCCAUAGCAACUCAGAACAUUCACAGAUAAUGCGGAUCAAGUGAAGCGGAAUUGAAUCAUAAAAAAACACGAAAUGGUCGUCCAAUACGACCCCAAGUCAAAGCCAUUCCUGGGGAAGCCCACAGGCUUSCUGAGGAGAGGAGUCGUAURCAGCACCAGAGAGAGAAUUAUUYAUCGCUUUGGAAUGUUCCUGUUGGUGUUCCUUGUCGCAUCGUCCCUCUACAUCAACCAGGGAGUUUCCAGGUCGUUGUCACAGCCAAUGAUCCGUAGGCCUGCCGACAGUCUUGAACACGUGAUAGAGGAGGAAAAGAAUAAUCAUAUUUUUGAAAAAAUACAUGGUGGGGAGCCGUUCGAAGAAUCAAUCAAGAACGAUAGCACUAGCCAUAACAGAAUCAACACCCAAAUACCAAGGGUUGCCAGUUCCCCCAAAGAAGAUGAUGUCGACCUAACUGACACGGUCGAAGUCGCAGACUACACCGAAAAAAAAAUCGCUCUCGCUUCUUUUGAGAAUGAAAAUCGAAUCCAUCAAACAAUAGGUACCGAAAAUCCAGACGCACGCCAUCAAACAACAGGUACCGAAAAUCCAGACGCACGAARUUUCGAAGAAUCUAAGCAAAGCGGUGCAACUGAAMACAUCAAAGCCCUCGAAAUCUUUGAAGAUAAUAGAUCACCCCAGGAAGAUGCUUUGAACCCUGCAAUUUGGCCUCAAAUCGAGGAAAUGACACCCGAUUCAAUUAAAGACAAUGAAAAAGCCAKGACGGGAGAAAAGAAGCCCCGACUUUUCUUGCACGUUGGUCCUCAAAAGACUGGCUCGUCAACCUUUCAAUCAAUGCUAGAUAAACUUUCAGAGUUGACAGGCGAAUUGAUGGGCGACAAUAUCUACAUCCGUCACAUCCUAGCUGCAGAAGGGGACUUUGACUGCGAAAUUGAUCAAUGGGGGGCCUAUCUAAAUUGUAGAGCUUCGGAAUCGUUAAAAGCCUUGAUCGAAAAGGCGAAGAAAAAUGGAAAGGAUCUUCUUUUGACUGAUGAAAACCUCGGCAKCACCUUUGUUCCAGCUUUGAGAGACGUUAUCAAUGAUGAGGAUUGGGAUGUGACCGUGAUUGUAAUUUACAGACGAAUUCAUGAAUGGUUGGUUAGUUGGUACAAUCAGAUCAACAAGACUACCAAUAAGGGUGCUGAUGGAAAUGUCCUAUUCAAUGAAAAGGGGGAUCCAUACAGAACCGAACAUCUUUUAUGGCCUGAUCAAGGAGGUUCUUACGUUCCCAACUUUUCUUCGUGGUAUGAAAACUUCACUCAGUACUGGAAACCGGCUGAAAUUGCCAAAAAACAUCGAAGYAUUGAAUUCUAUAAUCUUUAUUCUGAGUCCUUUGAUAACGUGCUCCUCUAUAACCUACACCAAGAAGAAGGGGACAUGGUUACGAACAUGAUUUGCAAAGUUAUCGGUGCUAAUCAUGCRUGUGGAAAAAUCAGAAGUAACGAAAUCAAAUUGAGAAGGAACAAUGGUUCUAUAAAUUUGGAUCUWGAUAUUCUGUCAGUGUUUGCUUAUGAUCAGGGUUAUAUCGCAAAGACUCUGGCCAGGAAAGAAGUUGUCAACGCGGUGGCAAAGUAUAUGAAGCAAUCGAGCAAGGUCCUCCCUCGAAAAUGUAAUUCAGAAGUGAUAGAUCAGAUUCGYAAUUGGUUGGUUGACACWGAGAAAGUCGUUGUGGGAGAUCAGAAAUGGUCGAACGCGGCGAAAGAUGACCUAUUGCAGGUCUAUGAAUCUUACGUUGCAAAAGGCAAGAUGUGUGAUCUGGACAAGGAUGCAAUCCUUCAAGACGAGGAUUGGAUGAACUUCUUCAAAUCUAUUGGGAAGGAAAAGAGACGAAAAAUUGUGCUGCAUGUCGGGCCUAUUGGUGCUAAGACGAUCCAUAAUACCUUGACAACACUGUCAGGAGACGGAAAUGCAUUGCAGAAGGACAACUAUACCCUUGUUGAUAUUGAUAAGAAUAACCAUUUUGACUGUGGARCGGAUGGAUGCAAGGCAUCACCGACCCUCAAAUCCUUAUUCUUGUCUGYAGAUGGUGUGGAGAAGAAUCUUAUUAUUGCGGACGAUAAUCUUGACGAACGAUUUGUCGAAGCGUUCAAGGAAGCAAUUGAUGAAACGAAAUGGGAUUUAAAGGUUGUUGUGGGAUACAUAAGACUGGACCAGUUGCUUCUUAUGGUGUAUAACCAUGAAUACAACUACGAUGACCUCGACCCGGACUCUAUCCAUUUAUUUGGUCCGAAUGAUUCCGUCAAGCGAGAAAAYCACUCUAGGUGGCCAGAUGAAGGGGGAAUCACGAUACCCAGCUUUAAUAAGUGGUUCCRUGCGAUCGCMAAAGAUUCCACCAUCGAGCAAAUCAAGAAGAUGAACAUGCACAUGCGAAAUGCUUACGUAUCUUCGUUUGAUAACGUUGAUUUCUAUGCUUAUCACCAGAGAGACGAUCUAGUGAUAAACUUCUUAUGCAAUG